AGAGACCAUAUAGUACAUGAAGUAGACAAUCUGCAGAUCUACCCAGGCGUCUAACGGCUAAACGACUCCAUCUCCUUGUAGAAACACUGCCAACUUUUCCCUUAGCACCCAAAACAACUAUGGAAGUGUACGCAUUUCUGUUGGGAACCGUUCUUCUUAACGCGGUGUAUGGGGACAACCAUGUUGAUCUCCACAACAAAGGACUGCGGACCGUACCUACAAAUAUCUCAUCAACAACAGAAAGCCUGGAUUUGAGUUGGAAUCUUCUGGAGACGAUAACCAAUGGAUCCUUUCGAAUUCUCAGCAGGCUUAUAUCACUGAGUUUAAAUCACAACAAACUUGUGAGGUUAGAACCAUCAGCGUUCGAGGGAUUAUCACAACUACGCUUCCUGGAUCUAAGCAACAACCGAUUUGUGCUGGAGUAUGAAUCCUAUCCACCCACAGUAUUUCAUCCUACACAAAAGCUAGAGAUCCUAAAUAUGGAUGAAAAUAGCCCAGGCUAUUCAUCCCGUGCGUAUCAGUUUCCAGACGAGAUAUUCAGCAGCCUGAUAUCACUGAAGGAGUUGACUAUUGACGAGCCGUUGCACAAUGUUUCAUUUGGACCGGGCGUCAUGAGCAUGUCUCAGCUUAAAAGUCUGUCCGUUUACUGUUGGGAAUUUGGAAGCAGCCUCAGACCAGACACAUUUGCUGCGUUUGCCAACUUAUCAAUUCAGUCAUUGGUGUUGAGAUGCCAGAGUUUAGAGGAAGGGACUUUGAAGCAUUUUCCGCACGUGACAAGUCUAAAUCUGAGAACAAAAUCGCUACCCAGUGCCCUAUCAGCUCUUGUGGACCUGCGCCAUCGCCAUAUGACAUAUCUGACAAUCACAAAUACAAAUUCUGACAAAGGGUUCAGCAGGGACCCAGGAACCUUGGCUCUCACUGCAAAUAACACGGCUCACUUGGCGACUAUUUGUGUUCGUCACCUGGACUUGAGCAAAAAUGCCAUAAUCCAUGUGGGAAUAGAUGUCUUCAGCCGAUUCCAGUACCCCGAGUGUCUAGAAACAUUUAACUUUGGAAACAAUUAUCUGCCAGUCGCUACUAGCUUCUUAGCAGCAAUUGGCAUGAUGCACUUCACAAGGUUAAAGUAUUUAAAUAUCAGUCCAGGAAGAGAUUAUGCGUUUACUGUGACAGAGGACAGCGAUCUUGUGUUGACGGAGACCUCUGCUUUUCAAUUAAAUCUGGUGGUGCCUCCAUCUUUGGUAGUUUUGAAUGCUAGUUUUCUAGCCGGUUCGAUUAGAAGUGAUAAGGAUGUAAACUUUACUAAUGGAAAAAAUGUGGAAGUUCUUGAUCUGUCAUAUGACGGAUUCAAUGGUUGUUCCUUUGUCGUAUCCGGUCUGGAGAACUUGAAAGUGCUGAACAUAUCCAAAUGGAACUGUGCUGUGUUAUCUCCAAGAUUCUUCAGUUAUUUUACCUCACUUCAGGUUUUGGUGGCCAGAAAUUGUAGACUGGACAUUGGCUUUCGCUAUGAUUUAGAUGCUGUCAUCUUCAAAAGUUUGAAACAUCUGAAAACCCUCGAUCUCUCGAGUAACGAUUUUACAACACUAAGCAGAUUCAUCUUCAGUCCGCUGCAAAGUUUAGAAACCUUGAUCCUGUCAAACAAUAAGCUGAUCCAUAUACCAGAGUCCAUCUAUGAUUUGGUCUCGUUGACAUUCUUGGACUUGUCAUCCAAUGUGAUUUCAUCUUUGUCACGCGCACAAAUGGACUGGUUGACCGCUGACAAUUCAUCCCACUCAAAAGAUGCUGUCAGAGUUUCACUGAACCGUAACCCCCUCCUCUGCACUUGUAACACCGUCAGUUUUGUGCGAUGGCUUCUAGACGGCUCAGCCAAUGUUGAAGCACGUUUGACAUUAACGUGCAGUCUAGGAAAUGGAACGUUCGUGGAUAUUGGUAGCCUCAAAUCAAAGCUUAAGAACAUGGAAGUAUCUUGUGUCAGCAACUUUUGGUUGACAUUUUCCACAGUUGGCUCGAGUCUGAUGGCCGUGGUAAUUGUUCUAGGAAUAUUUGCCUACCGUUACAGGUGGAAUAUCAAAUAUUGGGUUCUGACAAAAUGCAGGAGAGGUUCUGUCGUUGAAGAAGUGACAAAUGAACAAUACCGAUACGAUGCCUUCGUAGCGUAUAAUUACUUCAGUUACCGAUGGGCUUGCAUUGUUCUGCGACAAUUUCUGGAAGAUGAAAACAACUACACGAUCUGUCUCCAUGAUCGAGACUUCCCGGUGGGUGUCAGUAUUCAGCAAAACAUAGUGGACGCCGUGAACAACAGUCGCAAAGUUAUCCUAGUCAUCAACAAGUCGUUCCUGAAAAGCGAUUGGUGUGAAUUUGAAAUUCAAAUGACGGGCAUGCGCAUGGUGAGAGAUGGUUAUGAAAACGCCAUUAUUGUGAUCAUGAUGGAAGAGAUUCCCGUGUCGGAAAUGCCACGGUCGCUGCUGAACCUUUGGAAUCACAUUACAUUCCUGCUGUGGCCGGCCAAUGACCCGGGUGACGAACGGAUCUUCUGGAACCGUUUGCUGGAGGUCAUGGCACGCUGAUCUGCAGUUGUCUGCUGGAGGUCAUAGAACAGUCUGAUCUACAGUCGUCUGCUGGUGGUCAUGGCACACUAAUCUAUAUACACCCGUUUGCUGGAGGUACUGGCACGCUAAUCUAUACACACCCGUUUGCUGGAGGUGCUGGCACGCUAAUCUAUAUACACCCGUUUUCUGGAGGUCAUGGCACGCUAAUCUAUACACACCGGUUUGCUGGAGCUCAUGGCACGCUAAUCUAUACACACCGGUUUGCUGGAGGUAAUGGCACGCUAAUCUAUACACACCCGUUUGCUGGAGGGAAUGGCACGCUAAGCUAUACAUACCCGUUUGCAGGAGGUCAUGGCGCGCUGAUCCGCGAUAGACUGCUCGAGGUCAUAUAACAGGCUAAUCAACAGUCAUCUAUUGGAGGUCACGGCACGCUGAUCUACGGUGAAACUACAUGCUUGGGGCUAUGAAUGUGCUCAUGUAUAUGUAGUCGUAAACAAGAUGUAAAAAAUUACAAGUUACAAAUGACAGUGGCUUUACUAUUGAAAUGUGUAUGUUCUCUAAAUGCGACUAAUAUUUUUUCUUGUGCUUUCGUUUUAUUCACAAAUCAAAUUGUAUGUGUUCUUUUAUGGGCACAAAAUCGUCAGGGAAUAUGUUCACGAUAUACAUUUAAUUUCCGUCACUGUAAUAAUUAGACCAGUGAAAAUUCUGCGUUGCUGUGAGGAUAAAAAACCCUAAAAAAAAAAACUUCCCUUAAAUUCAUUCCGUGAGUGAUGACGAAUUGCAUUUACGUCAAUGUAACACAUAAAUCCAAUCUUGAAAAUGCGUUUUUAAUAAUGAGUUAAUCCGUUCCUGACACCAAAUUAAGAAGUAAUCCGGAAUGGAUUUCUUCCGCUUAAUGGACAAAAAUGUAACCCGUCAGAAUUUUUUUUUUUUUUUUAAGAAAAGAAAACAUAGUUAUUAAAGUAUUCUAUGUUUGGGAAGGGAGGCUCGUAGGCGCAACAUAUACAUUGUGUGUUUUUCCAUUCAUGUCAUAUGGAGUCAAAUUUGUAUUUGUUCUUUAGACAUAUGGAAGUUGAAAAUAUAUA